ACGUGCAACUUCAUCGUGCCAACGCACCUCACCGUACCUCUUCUUCGAGUUGAGUUGACGGCUGUCUUUCCUCUACAACUACCUCGAGGAAAUCUUGCGACCCUACCAAAUGUCUUCUCCGAUCGUGAAGACUACGAUACAGAGCUGCGUGCUCAAUGCGACAAGCAAUUUGAUCGCGCAAUUCAUCACAGCAUACAAAGCAAAUGCACCGUAUACGAUAAACUGGGUCCCUGUUUUUCAAUUCGUACUCUUCAACGCGAUCUCAAAUCCCCCUAACUUCCUCUGGUACAAUCGCUCGCCUUUUCAACCCUCCCCACUUGUUCUAACAGCUUCAUACAGGCAAUCAUUCCUCGAAAGCACAUUUCCUUCGAACUACCUCGUCCCAUCUGCAUCUGCCAUUCAUGCUGCAUCCGAAAACGACGAAAAAGAGCUCGACCGCGAAGAGAAGACUCACUCCAUCCUCGAAUCCAAACUCCACAUCCAGAACACACUCAUAAAAUUCCUCCUCGACCAAACAAUAGGCGCAACCCUCAACACGCUCCUAUUUUCGCUUGCUUUCGCAGGCUUCAGAGGAGAAGGAUACGCAGAUGCGAUAGCUACUGCGCAAGAGGAGUUCUGGCCUAUGGUGAGGGCGGGGUGGACGCUCUGGCCGUUUGUCAGUCUGCUGAAUUUCGCUGUGGUCAAGAGUGUAGAGGGCAGAGCGCUUGUAGGCAGCUUGUCGGGACUGCUGUGGGGGAUUUAUUUGAGUCUUUUAAAGGGAUAGAAGGUGGACUACGGAAGGACAUAUGAUUCACGAUGAACUAUGGGCGUGCAUGGUCUAGAUGUUGGUUGGGUUUAGAAUAGAUGGCAGUGCCUGGAUGGGUACCACGAGCGUGGAGUCUACGGAGUUCUGCUUCUGUUCACUGGGCGUUCAUCGCAUCUGUUUUCAUACAUAGAUCUAUACUCGAUGUAUUUUUCCUUUGCGAUAUUCUGUUCGUCGUUUCAUGUUUUGAACGCUUUGAGCAUUUUGGUGUCGCUA